AUGGCACACCCGCACGCUCUCUACGACGACUCGCCGGGCCUCGAGGCCGCCCAGCAACUGCGAAAGGACAUCGACACCGCUCACUCAACCCACACCUCACCGUCGCGCUCACCGCCAUCACAGAUCGACGGCGACACAACCGCAGACCAUCCCGGCCGCGACGAGCCAUACGGGCAGGCGCUCCAGCGCGUCCUCGCCGGCGAGUCCAUCCCCAACCAUCACCACCACCAUCGCAGCAGCAAACGGUACAAGGUCUACGGCACACUGCUCGGCAGGCCACGCCCUCGUCGACACGCCAAACCUGCCUCGCCACACCCGCAGCCCCACGCCGCCGCCGCCGCCUCCGCUGCAAACGCGCCGCGCAACGGUGCCGCACCGCGCUCAGCCAGGCAAGAGGCAGAGCGCCUCGCACGCAUCCCCGACUCGGAAAAGGCCCACCACCCUCCCCCUUCCUCGUCGUCGCCCCCAUCGCCGUCGUCGUCGUCCAACCCCGCCCUCCUCCCGCCCCCAAAACCAGCCAAGCGCCACGGCGUCAAGGAGCGCGUCCUCCACUUUACCCCGUCCUGGUUCAGCGUCACCAUGGGCACCGGCGUCAUCGCCACCCUACUCAACCUACUCCCCUGGCCAUCCAUCCACUCGGGCCUGCGCUACCCGGCCCUCGUCUUUCUCUUUGCCGACAUUGUCAUCUUCAUCCUCUUCCUGAGCGCCUUUGUCGCGCGCUACAUCAUGUAUCCCGAGGUGCUGCCGCUCACCAUCAAGCAUCCGCAAAAGUCCAUGUUCCUCGGCACGCUGCCCAUGGGCCUCAUUGUCAUCAUCAGCGGCAUCGCCCAGAUGGGCACCGUCGAGUUCGGGCUGGGCCACGGCUUUGCCCUCGCCGCCUCGGGCCUCUGGUGGCUCGCCACCGCCCUCAGCCUGCUCACGGCCGUCGGCGUGCCCUUCUCGAUGAUGACCUACCAGAAGCACCAGUUCUCGGGCACCACGGCCGCGCUCCUCCUCCCCAUCGUGCCGCCCAUUACGGCCGCCGCGACGGGCUCGGUGCUCGCCGAGAUCCUCAUGGAGCGCUACCCGGCCUACGCCAUGGUCCUCGUGGUUGUCAGCUACCUGGUGCUCGGCAUCGGCCUGCCCGUGGCGCUCCUCAUCCUCGUCCUCUACUUCCAGCGCCUGCUCCUCUUCAACUCGCCGCCCCGCGACGUCAUCAUCUCGGUCUUUCUGCCGCUCGGACCGUGCGGGCAGGGCGGGGAGGCGUUGCUGCACCUCGGUCAGGUAGCGCAGCGGCUCUUGCCUCGCAUCUCGACGGCGCCUUCAACGGGGGUUCCGCAGCUGUUCGACGUCGGGUCGGCCCUGUACGGCGUGGGGUUGGUGAGCGCGUUGAUGCUCUUCGGCCUGGGGUGCUGGUGGUUGCUCCUGGCUCUCGCCACCAUUGCGCGCGAGCUGGCACGGGGACGCCUCUACUUCAACAUGGGCUGGUGGGGCCUCACGUUUCCCUUUGCCAGUCUGGCCAUCUGCUGCGCCCGCCUGGCCAUCGUGCUCGAUAGCCUCGCCCUCAAGUGCGUCUACACCGCCCUCGUACUCGCCAACCUCGCCCUCUGGACCACCGUCGCCAUCCCCACGCUGCGCGGCGCCUGGAGUGGCCGCCUGUUUAAUGCGCCCUGCCUGGCGGAUCUGCCGCUCAAACCAUAG